GCCCUAGGUCCAGUGGCACCGAGUGGGUGGAGAGGCGCAGGGAGGGAGGGGCGCCGUGACAGCUGAGCGCUGCUUUGAGGAACCUUGCGAGAGGAAGUGGCUUCAGAGGCGCCCUGGCCGCCCCGGGCAGGAAAGGCGCAGGCAGGCGGGGGAGGUGUCGCGAUGGCGCUCUGCGCUCCAGGAGGCGCAGCCCCGGGCGGCCCGGCCGGUGCGCUGCGGUCCGCGCGCGGCUAGAUGACGGUGGACAGCAGCAUGAGCAGUGGGUACUGCAGCCUGGAGGAGGAGCUGGAGGACUGCUUCUUCACGGCCAAGACCACCUUCUUCAAGAAUGUGCAGAGCAAACAAUCUGCGAAGAAUGUCUGUAAACCCGUGGAGGAGCUGCGGCGCCCGCCCACACUGCAGGAGAUCAAGCAGCAGAUCGCCAGCUACAACAGCCGUGAGAAGAACUGCCUGGGCAUGAAGCUGAGUGAAGACGGCACCUACACAGGUUUCAUCAAAGUGCAUUUGAAGCUUCGGCGGCCGGUGACGGUACCUGCUGGGAUCCGGCCCCAGUCCAUCUACGACGCCAUCAAGGAAGUGAACCUGGCGGCCACCACGGACAAGCGGACGUCCUUCUACCUGCCGCUCGACGCCAUCAAGCAGCUGCACAUCAGCAGCACCACCACGGUCAGCGAGGUCAUCCAGGGGCUGCUCAAGAAGUUCAUGGUCGUGGACAAUCCCCAGAAGUUUGCACUUUUUAAGCGGAUACACAAGGACGGGCAAGUGCUGUUCCAGAAGCUCUCCGUGGCCGACUGCCCCCUCUACCUGCGCCUGCUGGCCGGGCCCGACACGGACGUCCUCAGCUUUGUGCUCAAGGAGAACGAGACUGGAGAGGUGGAGUGGGAUGCCUUUUCCAUCCCUGAGCUCCAGAACUUCCUAACCAUCCUGGAAAAAGAAGAGCAGGACAAAAUCCAACAAGUGCAGAAGAAGUACGACAAGUUUAGGCAGAAACUGGAGGAGGCCUUGAGAGAGUCCCAAGGCCAACCUGGCUAACCGGUCCUGCUUCCUCGCUCCCAGCGCCCACGGAUUUAUUUUUAUUAUUAAUUAUUAUUUUGCAACAGACACUUUUUCUCAGGACACCUCUGAGGGAUGCGUGUGUGCCCACCAGCAGCCCCAGAUGCGGCGCAGUCUCUGAUGGACACGUGUGUGCACGGGGCUGGGUCCUGCCCACGGCCGCGCAGCGCCCGUCUGCACCUGCCAAGUGGCACUUGUGCCAAGAGCAACCGGCGUCCUCCCGCAAUCUGCAAGCCUUUCACAAACCAAAUCGUUGCCUCCUUUAUUUCUCCUUUACGUGCCACCCACAGGAUCUUAUUUAUGAGUGAAAAGCUGUAGCAUAUUCCUUUAGCAGGUCUGAGCUCAGUUCCCGAAAGCAGGAUGAUCAUAAGAGGAUUGUCCCGCACUGACCCUGGGUCAGAAGUACCAGGGCUGAGGUUCCAGGGCCGAGGUUGGCUCAGAGGUUUCUGGGGAAGCUGCGGCCUGGCCCUGGCCCUCACCGCCGGAGCCUGUGCACCUGGGAGCCCAGAGGCAGAUGUACACCUGCGUGUGUGGUGCUUCGCCGCGUCUUUGUCAGCAACUGUUUGUUCUUCAGUUACGACUGUAUUUAUACUGCCAUCGUCCUCAUGUUUCCACCAAGGAAACCGGCUACUCGCCAUUGUAGACGUCUCCUGCUAGCACGGCAGCCAGGCAGCCAGAGGAAGCCAAAGAGCUGGCAGAGAAACGUGUCCGAGUGUCUGCGGCUUUCCACCAGCGAGAGGACGGGGAGGCCUGGCUGCCUUGGCCCUGGGCCUCCAGCACGGCCUCUCCUGGAUGGGGGCAUGGAAUCCGGUGCUGCCAGAGGAGCGGCCUUGGUUUCAGGGGAACUUUCCACCCAGCCACGUGGCCCUGUGUGUUCUGCAGCACGGGCCGGCCAGCGGCCAGCGGCACUGCGCUCAGCGAGCGUGGGGCUGGCCUCCCGCUGACCUCCCCGCUGACCUCAGUGCCUUUUUGUUUCCAGAGAGAGGGGAGCAGGGAGCGUGUCGGAAGCUUUGCUGCUGGCUUGUUCCUGCCAGGACGUGGGCCACAGCGGUGCGGGAGACAGGCCCGGAGGGCCCUCCCUCUCCGUGUGGGGUCAGGGGUCAGGGUCAAGCCUUCUUCCCAUCGAAGUUCCUGGGCUUUGAUUCCCAGAAGAGAUGUCAAACCACAUUGACAGGGCGGGUCAGAUGCCGGGCUGUCACUUGUACUGGCUCCUUGUUUCAGCCCAAACUUAAGUACACCAGCCACACAACGCGAGCACGUAGCCGGACGCAGACACUCCAUGCUGAUGGAGAAAGAUGUAACUUUCAAAGCAGGGCAGGUUUUUCAAUCCGGCCUCUGAGAGACCCUUUCUUCGACGUCCUCUGCCUUUCCCAGUCCCUCUGGGGUUGGUUCAAGCCUCGGUUCCUCGUGCAGCCUCGCUGGGCCCACACUGCCCUGGUCCCAGAAGGAAUACUCACCCUUCAUCGUACAGACUGUGCUCGUCUUCAGAGCUGCAGAAGCCAGACGGGCUGGCAGCGUGAGACUUUAAAUCACAGAACCCUGUGGCCUGCCAUCUCAUGCUCAGCCUUAGCACCCACUCCCUGGAAAGCCUCCAUCCUGCUGUGUAGUUCAGGGAGCGGCCGCGUCCUUUCCCUUCACGAUGCAUGUCUCUACCACGGAUAGAAGGCACGGCUCCUGCUGCAACGCUGUGAAUGCUGCUCAGAACCUCCUGACGGGGGUGGCUGCUUUAUUUUUGGAAAAGAAAACUCAUGUACAUGUAUACCAUAAAGGCACAUACUAUGUAUGAAGAGAGAGGGGUGUUUAUGAAACAAGAACGUUACGGGAAAACGCAGACUUCAUCUGAAGCACUGUUAACCCAGGACCCAGGGUCCGAGCCUCCGAAAACAGGAUGGACCAAGAACCCCCCCUCCCCGGGGAGGGCGUGACUGCUGGUAGUGCCUUCUAUCCUCCUGUUUCCCAGUGUGUUUGUUUUGAGGAUCUUUUCUCUUAAAAUGUCUUUCUUAUAUGGGUUUAAAAAAAUAAAGUUCGUUGCAAAAGUGA